AUUUUACAGUCAGUCGUCACUCAGUCCAGUCCGUUCCACAACCGAACAUUCCAAAAUCGUCACAACAAGUAUCUUGAACACAUUUUUAUAGAAACUGAAAUGAAGCUUUCAAUUCGUACACUCGACCAGCGCGUCAUCACCCUUGAGAUAGACGAGGGGCAGAGUGUGCUGGCCCUGAAGAAGAAGCUGGUUGGCAUGCCCGAGGUCUCCCAGGCCGUGGAGAAUAUACAAUUGAUCUACUCUGGACGCAUCUUGGAGGAUGGCCUGCCACUCAGUGAAUACAAGAUUGCCGAGAACAAGUUUCUGGUGCUGAUGGGCAAGCAGAAGGUGCAACAGGUACCGGUACCGGUACCGGAGAAGAAGGCGAAGAAGUCAGAAGAGACAGGAUCGGUGCCUAGAAUGGCGACAGCUGAUGGGGGUUCUGCUGCUACAGCUGCUGGCAGCUCUGGGAAUCCAACGCCCUCGGUGUCACCGAACGAAGAGAUGGUCCAGCAUCUGAUGAGCAUGGGUUACGAGGAGAAGCAAGUGCGUGCCGCUCUUCGGGCCAGCUUCAAUCAUCCGGAGCGUGCCAUCGAGUAUCUGAUCACGGGCAUUCCAACACAGGCCGCCAACACCGCCACACCGACCCUAACACAGGGCGGCGGCGGUGCAUCACCAUCGUCGGUCAGCGUUAGUCCAUCGGUGGCCGAAACGGCCGUUAAUCUGGCACCUCUAAUGUCCGAUCCGCGCUUUGCACAGAUCCGCGAAAUGAUACGCCAAAAUCCCGCACUGCUGGAGGCGGUUCUCGGUCAGAUCCGCGAAUCAAAUCCGGACGUCUUCGAGGCCAUACGCAACAAUCAGGGCGAGUUUAUUGACAUGAUGAGCCACGACGAGGAUAACGACCUAAGCGACGAUGCAGAGUUCCCACAUCUGGCGGACAGCGAGCAGCACGCAUCUCUAACCGCCUCAGAGACGGCUGCCGUGGAGCGUUUGAUGGCACUGGGCUUCCAGCGUGACCUGGCCGUACAGGUCUACUUGGCCUGCAACAAGAACGAAGAGCUGGCGGCCGAUGUACUCUUCCGUCAGUCCGAGGAGGAGGAUCAGUAAUCCUCCACUCUGGCUCUGGGUCUGUCAUCUAUUGUGGCUUGGGGGAUCGAUCAGUGACGAAUAAACAGACCUGGGGGCUAUAGUGGUGCCAUAAGAACAUAACCUAACAA